AUGGAAAAGCACAAUAACAUAACGUCCAGUAAGAUGCCGUUCGAUAAUGAGGACUGGAUUUUAUGCAUGGCAAUAAUAAAACAAAGAAAUCCAUUACUAUGGUACAAAUUAUCUUUAGUUAAUAACAAUAUAUUUUCUGUGAAGUUGGAAAACAUUGAAGAUUACGCAACAAAAGUUCCAAAAGUGUUAAAACCACUUUUUGUUAAAAGAACAAUAUUUUGGAAGAAUAUCAAUCUAGGAUACAAAUUCCAAACCUUAAAUAAUGAUAAAGUUAACAACUUCUCAACUAGUGAUCUGAUUGAACUCAAAAACAUUGCGAGUAGUUUAUGCAAAGUAUCAUAUACAAGAGAUAUAACUCCACGCUACGAUCUAAGCGUUAGAAUGUUGUGCCUUUACAAUUAUCAAAAAUAUUUUCAAAAGGUAAUGACUAUUGAUGAUAUAUAUUUGUUAUACCGAUCUCUUAGAUGGGUUAUUACAUCCUAUUUUUGUUUUAACCAAGAAACAACAAUCAGAGCUUCAGCAGGUAUGUCACCUCCAGUCUAUUGGAUAUUUGGUGUCAUCACAAGAGUAUUAUUUCCCUCAGCUACACAACCACCCUUUGUAUUGAAAUUGAGAAUUCAAGAAAGAGCCCCAUUUAUCUCCAAGAUAUAUAAGAUAAAAUUACAAGACCACCCUGCUGCAUUUCAAAAUUAUUGCUCUUUUCAAAUAUCAAUAAUUGCAACAAUAAUUAAUAUUAAAUUAAGUACAUGUAACAAGAAUUCUAUUGAAAUUAAAGAAUGGCAAGAGAUAAACAAAGACAUCCAUGAUUUUUUACUUCUUAUAGAAAGCGUAUGUCAUAUUAUGGCAAUUAAUAUCAUAAAAACUAAAAAACAUUCUUUUGGAAAGACCCAUCAACCUGCCUAUAUCUCAAUAUUUGAAAAACGUAAAGAAAGUAUUCCUUCCUUCUUUAUUGAUCGGAUUAAAGCUCUUUCGGGCGAUAUACGUUGGUCACAAAAUGCAAAGCAUGCAUUAUAUUCGAUGCUUGAUACAAUAGAGAUGAUUUGUUGGUCCGAGGUUCGUUACGUUCCUGACAACAUGGAAACUGUAUCGAACGACUCUGAGACCAUACAACACAUGGGGAAGUACAUACAGGCUGCUCUCCUGGUUAUAGGUGAUUUAGAUUUAUGCUCGCGAUUCCGUAUGAUAAAUCUGACAAAAUUAACUGAGCAUCUCCUUUUUUAG